AUGCAAAAGUCAAAAUUAGAAACAAAUAUCAAACAAAGUAAAAUGUACACAUGGAAUUUGAUGCAAGUCGAUGACAUUUGUAAAAUUCUUAUAUUGGAUCCAUUUAUAGGAUUCAUUACUCGUAAAAUAUAUAAAAAUAGUGUGAUUUCUGAUAAACAACAAAAUAUCAUAAAAGAAGAAAUUGCAGAAUUUUCUCUUCAAGGUUAUAACAAUCGUAGAAAACUAAAAGAUAAUUUGAUUAAUUUUGUGAAAAGUGAAAAACUCUACAUGCAGUUCAAUAUUAAAAAUUUGGCUUGGUUAGAUUCAAUCCUAAUGGCUUAUAUUAUUAUUAUUUCUAAACAGUCUACUAUUGAAAUUCAUGAGUGUAAUCGCUACAAGGGCGACAAUUACAAAGGUCUUAUGGCUAAAGCCAAAGUAGAUAUACCUAAGGGUACAUUAAUUAAGGAACUUAUGGGGUUUUAUAACAAAGUUGAUUCAAAAGUAAAAGCUUUUCUUGAAACACAGAACCUAGAUUUUUCUAUUAUGCACAGUAGUAGGACUAAUAGUGAUUUGGUUAUGUUAGGACCAGCUGCAUUUAUAAACCAUGAUUGCAAGCCUAAUUGCAUAUAUUUACCAAAUUCAAAAAACACCAUUAUUAUAAAAGCAAUUAAAAAUAUUCAAGCUGGAGAUGAACUAUUUUGUUAUUAUGGCUGUAAUUAUUUUGGAGAAACUAAUAAGGAUUGUGCAUGUGCAACUUGUGAAAAGAAAAAAGAAGGCAUAUUUAAGUCAAUAAAUAAAAAUUCAAGUAAAAAAUGUGAAGAAAAAAUAGUUGAUGUAGAUUCUAUUGAAGAUGCAAAAAAAAUAAAAACAUUGUGUAACUAUUAUAAUAAGAAAAUUGAUUGCAACUUGAUUGCCAAACAAGAUAAUUUAUUAGAAAAUUUGUCUACUGCGAAUAUAAAUGAAAUACCAGAACUAAGCUUAGUUAUAAAUAAAGUGCCCAUGCUCAACGAUUUUUAUGACUUAUGGAAAAUUCUAAUCUUGAAACCACUUAUAAAGUGUAAUAUAUCUAUAGUUUUAGAAAAUAAUAUGCUUACUAGAGAUAUACAAAUAUCAAUUUAUACCAGCUUGGCAAUUAAUGACAUACACAAAAAAUUGAAUAGUUCAACUAAUUGUGAAAAUGCAACAAGAGUUUCAAAUAAUCAUAGUUAUUCAGAGCAACUUUUAAUUAAAGAGGUGGAUUCUACUUAUUCUCUAUGGCAAAACCAUGAAACUACAAAGAUUAGCAACCAAAUAUCUUCAGAGUCUGAUUUUAAAUCUACCAAUUUACUAUUGCAGUGCUGUAAUACAUGUUGUAAAGGGAUUGUUAGCAAUGUUACUAAUAAUAUAUGGCAUAAUUCUAAAUGUGGUGGUACAAUUAUAAAGAGAUCUAAUAGUGUACCCUACGUACUCAUCAAACGUCCUGAACCGAUUCCAAAAAGAAGAAGGCCAUUCUGCCAUUUCUGUGCUGCUUUCGUACACCAAUAUCCCAGACAUUUGAUAACACAUCACUCUAGUGAACCAAAGGUUAAACAAAUUAUAACCCCUGCUGGUGAAAUAUAUAAUAACAGAUCUAACGCACUAACUUCACUAAGAAAUAGAGGAUGUGAUGUCUACUACAAAUUCACUGGAAAAGCCAAAUAA